AUGGAUGAUAAUGCUGAAAUAAUAUUUGUUGGAGGAAUUGAUGAGACAGUAGAUGAAAAAUGUUUAUAUGAUAUUUUUUCGUCAUUUGGUGAUAUAAGAAAUAUUGAAAUACCUAUGAAUUUGGUUUCAAAAAAAAAUAGGGGUUUUGCAUUUAUAGAAUAUGUAGAAAAAGACGAUGCUAAACAUGCUUUAUAUAAUAUGAAUAAUUUUGAAAUAAAUGGAAAGAGAAUUUAUGUAAAUUAUUCCAAAACUAAAAAAGUGGAUCAAUAUAAACCAGUGUGGAUAGAUGAUUUGUAUAAUCAAGAAAAAAUGAAAUUAUUAGAAGAAAAUUCAAAGGAAGAAAAUUUAGAUAAAGACAAUUCAUUUGAUUAA